GUAGAUGUGGUGGUUCUACCCCUUGCUCUGCAUCCUGAUGGGCUGGGCUGGGAUUCCAUGCCAGGAGUCCAUGCCAUCACUCAGAAGGCUCUGGAGACUGUCCCCCAAUGCCGUGACCUGUAUCCAGGGGAUAUUCUUUUGGUGCCAGGUUCAACCUUUCCGGAGCUUGACUGCAGAAUGAUAUACCUAGUAAGGCUUGAUGAUUUGCAGUUGGAGCCUGAAGAAGCUCAUAAGCAGGUUAUUCGAAACAUGGUCCAAAGCUGUCUCUGCAUCUUCUAUGGGUCUUUCCUGGAAUCCAUUGUGUUUCCCAUCUUCCAGCCAGUAGAUGCAGAUCAAGCUGCGAUGUGGGAAUGGAUUCUAAUUGUAAUAGACGAAGUGAAUUGGUUCUUGAAAAACUUUCCCAAUACUUGGAUGAAGCUGGUGCAAAUCAGGCACCUUCCAGGAUGGAUUCUGCCAUGUCCGAUAGAAAAGGCUCUCUCCUUUGCUGCAGAGCCGGUGGGUUUAUGUCGUACGGAAGAACCACUUUUCCUCUGGUACCUGGAAGAAAACUCAAGUGCCUUCAGUGAAUUUCAAGUACAAUUGAAGAAGGCUGGUUACGACUUCCAGAUAGACUUGGAUAGGAAACUGUUGGUAUUCCAGGCCAUCGAUCAGUCUGUGCAGAUGCUUGGCUUAGAAAAAUCCUUUGAGUUUGUGCGGAAGAAGUAUGUGCUACAUCAUGAGUCAAGAACAGAGAUUCUAAAAGUCUUGUUUGACCACCUAAAACUUAUAAAGAGAUUUGAAUCCCUCAGGAUCUGCAUCCUUGAUCAAAUAUGGCUUGUAGGCCUGUCAGAUGAGAUCAAUUGCUUCUUGCAAUAUCUCGCCCACGAGGCCUUUCAAAGGGAACUGGUGAACUGGGAGUGCACAGCUGAACCAGUACUCUGGUAUACUAUUGCCAAAGAUGUUGUACUUCAGGAGUUUUUCCAAUCCAAUCCUAUGAUAAAGCUUGAAAUUAUUGCUAAGACUCCAGCAACUAUCAGAUUCGGGGGACCCCGUAAGACAGUCAAGGAAGUAGAGAAGCGUCUCAAGGAGCUCUUGAAUAGCUUCCAGGUUCUACCAGUCCCUUUCUCCGAUUUUCAGUUGCAGUUUGUCAGGGCACAUUGGGGCAAAGUGUUCUACAAGCACUUCUUCCUAGAGAACAGCAUCCCAGUUGUUUUGGAGCUCUCUCAGGUUGUCCAGAUUGUUGGCCUAGACUUGGGCAAAAUGAAAGAAGCUGAAGAGAUCCUCGUGAACCUAGUGUGUGAAAGGGCUAUGGUGAUUGCAGAGGAUUUGAAGUGGGCUACUGAGGUUUCAGAAUGGAAGUUGCUGCUACUUAAGCUGGGAACUCAUAAGGAAGUAGCCAUUCAUCACGUGGAACCUGGUUGGGUGAUCCUGGUGGGUUUCUGUCCUAAGGUCAUUCAAGUAGAAGAAUCUAUUAAGAAAUAUUUGAAAGAAAAUUCUCCAGUGGAAGAAAAAGUGGAGCUUGCUAGACCAGAAUUAGCUUUAGCUGGGAACGGUCUGCUUCAUAUUAUGGGCUGGGAACAUCUCAGGAUGAAUGUUGCACUCCAGGUGAAAAGUCAGCCUUCAGUGCUGCAGGUGAGAGGUCUUCAAAAAUAUGUGAAAAAAGCCAUGCCGGCCAUCAAGAGGGACUUGGAUUCUUUGAUGCUUGAUACAAUACCUCUAAGGAAGAGAAUUCUUCGAGAAUACAUCUUUGGAAUUGGAGCAAGUCUGCUCAAAAACAUGGCUUGGCAGUUGGGUUGCAUUGCUUGGAUGAAGACUGAAGAGUCCGAUGAUUGGAAGAACAUCAUGAAUGAGGACUCCAUGGAAGAAAGAUGUGCUAUGGGCUUCUCAGAGGCAAUAUAUGUAAUAGGCAAAUGGAAUUCGAUGAACUUGUUGAAGCAUAUUGUAGCUGGUCUGUUUGCACAGUUCUGUACAAAAUCCAUCUAUCAUGAAGCAAUUACCACUUUUAAAAAUAUGAACAUUGAUGAGUUCCUGAGGAAUAUAUCCCACAGGCUUCCUGUAGAUAUCCGUUGGUUGCAGGAUAAUGAAAUCCAGAUUUGUGGUUUCCAAAAAGAUGUGGAGAAUGUUCUGAAAGCUGUUCAUGGAAAGAUUGAGGAAUAUCAGUCUGAAAUAAUUGAAGUCCAAGCUCAAUAUGAGUUAGUCCCUUACACAGUUAUAAGCUUGUUCCAAAGGUUAUUUCCAACAAACCCUUUGGUAAGCGUAGUAGUCUUGGCCAAUGAUUUAGUAACCAUCAUAUUUACAGGUCCCCGUCAAAAGUUGGUAAAAGUGAAGGAGUACUUUGAGGAAUUCCUUAGAAGUUUCCAAUUUUUACCAGUUUCUCUUUCCGAACUCCAGCUUCAGUUUGUCAAGGCACAAUGGGGUAAACUCUUUCAUAAUGGCUUUUUUUGGGAAAGAAACAUCCCGGCCGUUUUGGAGAUCUCUGAAAUGGUUCAAGUUGGUGGCUUAAGUGUGGGUGAAAUAAAAGAAGCUGAAAACAUCCUAAUGAAACAGGUGUGUGAGAAGACUCUGGAGAUUGUAGAUCAGUUGCAAUGGGUCACCAAGGAGCCAGAGUGGGAAGACUUGUUAAAUAGAUUAAAGUCUCAUGAGGAAGUUGCCAUUCAUUACACUCCAUCCAAUCAGGUGACCGUAGUUGGCCCUUCUCUUCAGACUGCUGUGGUAGAAGACUAUAUUGAGGAUUACUUAAGAGAUAAUUCCCCAUUGAAAGAAAGUAUGAUGCUUACUAAACCAGAAUUAGUAUUAGCUGGGGAGAGACUCCUUCAUAUUAUGAAUUGGGAACACCUCAAGGUGAACAUCACGUUCAAGCCAGGUAAUUAUAUGUUGUCACUGCAAGUGAAAGGACUCCAGAAAUUUGUGAAGAAAGCCAUUCCUGUGAUCAAGAAAGAUUUGGAUUCCCUGGUGUUUGGUAUGAUACCUCUGAAGAAGAAAGCAUUAUGCAUCUAUUUCUCUGAAGAUGGGGCAGAUCUGCUGAAGAAUAUGGCAGAUACCCAGAAUUGUAUUGCAAAGAUGCAAACCCUGGAGAACCACCACUCCAGCAAUGAUGGAGUCUUGCAAGGCUUAGCUGAGGACAACAGGACUGUGAUUUUUGUUGUGGGCAUCCAAAGCAAAGUGACUUCACUCAAGCAGCAUUUGUCAGAUUUUAUUGCCAAAUUCCACAAAGAAACCAUCUGUAAUACCGAGAUAUCAACUUUCAGUGAUGACAGCCUUAAAGCCCUUUGCAAAACUAUCCCACCUCAGUAUCCGGUUGGCUUCCAUCGCCUAAGAGAAACGGUGUUUUGGAUUUGUGGUUCUAAAGAAGAUGUUGAAAAUAUUUCCAGAAAGAUUUAUACCAAAUUAGAAGAAAUUCUCACUAUAAAGAUCCAAAAAGCUCAAGCUGAACAGACAGUUUCCAUGCUUCUGUAUGAGACUAUCCGUUGGCAUCAUUGGUCUGAUGCCGGAUGGUCUACUUUUGACAUACUAACCAAUCGCUAUCUGGAGGAGACAUAUCGCGAGAAAAAAACGGAGGCACUAGUGCCAUGGAAUGGAGAAAAACUGAAGGUUAACUUUCUGACAGACGAAGCCUUCGUCCCAGGGAAGAGAAAAUUCAAGAUAAGGAGAGAGAUCUGCUUAUGGGACAAGAAUAUUGCUCCCUUCUGGGACACCAUGGAUGAAUGUUUAAUUAAGAAAGUGGAACUGCAGACACAUUCAAAGGAAUAUCAGGAUGUGGUGGAUAAGUUCAACAAGACAGCUGGGAAGUACAAAGUUGUCAAAGUAGAGAGGAUCCAAAACCGAUAUUUGUGGGUUUCCUAUUGUUGGAAAAAAAGUUGGAUGGAAAAGAAAAAUCCAGAAAGGAUACAGAAUGAACUCAUUCUCUAUCAUGGAACGCAGUCAGACAAGUAUUCCUCUAUCUGUAAUAUUGGCUUCAAAAGUGCUUUUCGAAAACAAUGUCUCUUUGGACAAGGCAUUUAUUUUUCUGUGGUUGCUGCCCAUUCUGUGAUCUACGCCAAACCAGAUCCCCAAGGGCUCCGAUACAUUUUUCAAGCUCGAGUUCUUACUGGGGAAUAUAGUUGUGGAAAAGAAAAUAUGGUAUUGCCUCCAGUGAAACAAGAGGGAAAUGGUCUCUAUGAUAGUUUGGUGGAUGUCCUUUUCAAUCCAAAUAUUUUUGUGAUCUGUUUUGAUGAUUUCGCUUACCCUGAAUACUUAAUCACCUUCCGUGACUAGAUAUCUUCAUAGCUGUUAUGAAAGAUGGGAAUCUACUUCAAUGGAAUACAGCUGGAAACAUGCAGAUCCUUUGACUUGAAGAAGGAAGAAACAAUUUCAGGCUGUAUAUAGUGUAUUGCUUGAGGGGAG